AGUGCUGCCAGAGGGCUGUGGGGAGACAGCCAUCCAGCGCACAGGGACCUGAAAGUUCCAAGGGACACAGAGGGAAGCUGUGUGGGGAAUCAGUGACCUAGAUGGCAGCCAAGCAGACAGAGCCCGUGACAAUCAUCAGCCUUCGGAAACUGAGCCAGGCAGCCCCAGAACCGCAGCAGAAAGAGACCAAGACAUUCACGGUGGAGGAUGCGGUGGAGACCAUCGGCUUCGGGCGCUUCCACAUUGCACUCUUCCUAAUCAUGGGCAGCACCGGGGUUGUGGAGGCCAUGGAGAUCAUGUUAAUAGCAGUUGUGUCUCCUGUUAUCCGAUGUGAAUGGCAGCUGGAGAACUGGCAGGUGGCGUUUGUCACCACGAUGGUGUUUUUUGGCUACAUGGUAUCCAGCAUCCUUUUUGGUCUCCUGGCUGACAGAUAUGGCCGCUGGAAGAUUUUGCUGCUCUCAUUCCUGUGGGGAGCCUACUUCUCCUUACUGACCUCUUUCUCCCCCUCCUACAUCUGGUUUGUCUUUCUGCGGACGAUGGUAGGCUGUGGAGUGUCUGGCCAUGCACAAGGGUUAAUCAUAAAGACUGAAUUUCUGCCCACAAAAUACCGAGGCUACAUGCUGCCCUUGUCGCAGGUUUUCUGGCUUGCUGGCUCCCUGCUCAUCAUCAGCAUGGCCUCUGUGGUCAUCCCCACCAUUGGGUGGCGUUGGCUCAUCCGCAUCGCCUCCAUCCCUGGCAUCAUCCUCAUCAUGGCCUUCAAGUUUAUCCCUGAAUCUGCUCGCUUCAACGUCUCCACUGGGAACACCCAGGCUGCACUGAACACCCUGGAGAGCAUUGCCAAGAUGAACCGCUCAGUCAUGCCAGAGGGACGGCUGGUGGAGCCCAUCCUGGAGAAAAGAGGAAGAUUUGCAGAUCUACUAGAUUCUAAAUACCUUCGGACCACAUUACAGAUCUGGAUCAUAUGGCUGGGAAUUUCUUUUGCCUAUUAUGGGGUCAUCCUGGCCAGCGCUGAGCUGCUUGAGCGGGAUCUGGUCUGCGGUUCAAAGUCGGAGUCAGAACCAGAGGUGGUAGAGACCACAGGGGACUCAGGGGAGGGUCUGAGUCCCUGCUAUUGCCACAUGUUUGCACCCUCUGACUACAGGACCAUGAUCAUCAGCACCCUCGGAGAAAUCGCUUUGAACCCUUUAAAUAUCCUGGGCAUCAAUUUCCUGGGCAGACGGCUGAGCCUGUCGAUCACCAUGGGAUGCACGGCGCUGUUUUUCCUUCUCCUCAAUAUCUGCACUUCAAGUGCAGGCCUCAUUGGCUUCCUCUUCAUGCUGAGGGCCCUGGUGGCAGCAAACUUCAACACCAUCUACAUUUACACUGCUGAGGUCUACCCAACCCCGAUGCGUGCUAUAGGGAUGGGAACCAGCGGCUCCCUGUGUCGCAUUGGAGCAAUGGUAGCUCCAUUUAUAUCCCAGGUCUUAAUGAGUGCCUCAUUCUUGGGAGCCCUGUGUCUUUUCUCAUCUGUCUGUGUUGUGUGCGCCAUUUCUGCAUUUACUCUUCCCAUUGAGACCAAAGGACGGGCUUUGCAGCAAAUUAAAUGAGGACCUGCAAUACUAAUGUGGAGAAAAGUAUAUUUGAUCUUCACCGAGUUAUUUUUAAUGGGUUUAUUUCUGCACGUGGUAAUUAAGAAAGCAAGUAUAUAUUAAGGCAAUGAGGGCAGACACCAAAAAUGCAGUGGGGCUCUUAGGAAACAAGCCUCUCAUAGGAUAUCCUUAGCCACAUUGUAGUUCAUGCCUGAAAUCCCUGCAUAUACAGGUUGAGGGGGCAGGAUGGCCAGGAAUUCCAUGUCCUCCUCAGCUGUAAAGUUAGUUUGAGGCCAGCCUGGGCUACAUGAGAUCCUGUCUACAAACAUCAAAAGCCUAGGAGAAGGUGAGGGUGGAGGAUACACUUCUCAUUUGGUAUCAACAACUAUUUUUUUUGUUUGUUUGUUUGUUUUUUUGAGACAGGGUUUGUAUA